AUGAGAGAUGCGUGGGUUGCAUUCGCACCCGUCAGGGAAGCUACGGACCAACUGACGGCGCAAGAUGUUCGUGCCCAUCUGUUCGACUCGACAUUUCUUCCAGCGCUCUGUUACGCAGCGGAGACGUGGAUAGACACUGGGGCCACGUCUAGGAAGCUACUCACCACCCACGGAGUCCUUGAAAAAUGUUUUCUGAAGCGUGCAAAACACCUAGCCGGUCUUCGCAGCUCCGACUCAAGAACAGUGCCCAGUCACGACCCAGCAGAAUACAUAUCGAAAGCAAAGGAUAGAUGA